GCUGCCGUCUGAAGUUGCAGAUUAGCGAACUGUUAGUGACUUCAAAUGAACACCCAGUGGACAUCUUUUAACGUAUCAAACAGAAAAAUUAGGAGAGCCUCAGAUGGGACCUUUUUUUAGGUGGCUGAAGUGCGUUUUAUUGCUGACCUCAUUCACAGCACUACAUUGCUUUGCUGCUGUGCUGGACUCCAGCUGCUUCUCUCAACACUGGGCAUGCUACCUGACAUCUACUGUAGAUUGAGCUGUAGAUGUAUCGGCAGCAGAGAGCUCAGUAUGAAGAAGUCGGUCCGGCCAGCGGUGAGUAAGGUGAGCGGGGAUCGAGGGAAGGCAGAGGCCACGGCUACUGCUGGGACCGGAAAGCCUGCAGCCAAAACCGCCACCACUGCACCUCUGUCUAAAGUGAAAAGCAAUGAUGAUCUUUUAGCAGCUAUGGCCGGAGGGAAUCCUGCAUCAAGUAAUGCUGUCAGCAAGACCAAGAGGACCGCCUCUAUUGGGACUACUGCGAGCAGUCUAGAUAGCAAGCCAAAGACAACAUCAGGUACUUCAUCCAAGCGUACGACAUCUUCGAUUUCCAAGGAGCCAAAUUCCUCACGAGACCGUCUGCGAACAUCCAGGACCUCAGCCAAUAAGAAACAGUUGGUGUCAGGGACUGCAGUGGGGGAUGUAGCCUCAGGGAAGCGCUCUCGCAGCCAGAUUCCGGCUGAGUCCGACAGCCGUAUGAGCAAGUCUAAAUCAGACGGCCAGAUCAGUGAUAAGGUGGCUCUGGAGACCAAAGUGAAAGACCUGUUGGGUUUGGCUAAAAGCAAAGAUGUGGAGAUCCUCCGCCUUCGCAGUGAGCUGAGGGACAUGAGGGCGCAGCUCGGCUUAGGAGGGAAGGAGGCACCACAACAGGAGGAAGCUGGGGAGGAAGAGAAGCCCCAGGUUUCAGCCAUCACAGCAGCUGAUGUGGAGUCCACGCUCAUUCUCUUACAAGAGCAGAACCAGGCCAUCAGAGAGGAGCUCAACCUGCUGAAGAGUGAGAACAGAAUGCUGAAAGACCGCCUUAAUGCGCUUGGCUUCUCUCUGGAGCAGAGGCUGGACGCAUCCGACAAGCUGUUCACCUACGCCUCCCUGAGCCCGGACCUGGCAGCAGGCAGCGGGCAGAGCGACGGUGGAGGAACAGGUACGAUGACAUCCUCAGUGGAAGGCUCCGCCCCUGGCUCUUUGGAGGAUCUGCUCACAGGACACCAGCACGGAGGCUCAGCGGACAACCUCGACAGUGAAUCUAGUGAAGUCUAUCAGGCUGUGACCUCCAGUGAUGACGCCCUGGACGCCCCCUCUGGAGCUUCGUCGUCAUCUGAGUCAGAGUGUGCGCCCAGCAGGGAGCACUCACGGAGGGGCAGCAGCGGCAAUGCCAGCGAGGUGUCAGUGGCCUGUCUGACGGAGCGCAUCCACCAGAUGGAGGAGAACCAGCACAGCACUGCCGAGGAGCUCCAGGCCACAUUACAGGAGCUGGCCGACCUGCAGCAAAUCACCCAGGAGCUGAACGGAGAGAACGAGCGGCUAGGUGAAGAGAAGGUGAUCCUCAUGGACUCGCUGUGCCAACAGAGCGACAAGCUAGAGCUGUAUGGUCGCCAGAUCGAGUACCUGCGCUCUCUGCUGGAUGAACACCACAUAUCGUAUGGACUAGAGGAGGACAUCAAGAGUGGCCGCUAUAUGGAGCUGGAGCAGCGCUAUGCAGAACUGGCAGAUAACGCCCGCUUUGAGAGGGAGCAGCUGCUGGGGGUUCAACAACACCUGUCCAACACGCUGAAGAUGGCCGAGCAGGACAACGCCGAGGCCCAGGAGAUGAUCGGAGCGCUGAAGGAGAGGAACCACCAGAUGGAGCGAAUCAUGGAGUCAGAGAGACAGGGCCGAGCCGCCAUGGGGGCCGCGCUUGAAGAGUACAAGGUGGCAGUGAGCAAUGACCAGGCGGAGCUGAGCCGCUGCAGAGCACAGCUGGACCAGGAGAGGCAGAGGGUGGCCGAGCUGUACUCUCUUCACACGGCAGGGGACAAAAAUGACAUCUGCCAACUGCUGGAAGGAGUACGUCUGGGGAAAGAAGAGGCCGAGGCCAAGGCGGCGAAGUUGCAGGAGGAGCUGGAACAAGCCCACACUGAACUCACGCGGCUGCAGGAGACUUUUAGUAAGCUGGACAGGGAAUACAGAGACUUCCAGGAGCAGGUGCAGCAGCAGAUGGCCGAGCAGGACCGCGUCCUGGAGAAGCAGCGCGUGGAGCUGCAGGAGAAAGAGACCGAGAUCGCAGACAUGAAGGAAACCAUCUUUGAGCUGGAGGAUGAGGUGGAGCAGCACCGAGCUCUCAAACUCCACGACAACCUCAUCAUCACAGACCUGGAGAACUCUGUGAAGAAGCUGCAGGACCAGAAGCACGACAUGGAGAGAGAGAUUAAGAUUCUUCACCGCAGACUGAGGGAAGAGUCGAUGGAGUGGCGUCAGUUCCAGGCUGAUCUGCAGACAGCUGUUGUCAUUGCUAAUGACAUCAAGUCCGAAGCACAGGAGGAGAUCGGAGACCUGCGGCGCCGGCUGCAGGAAACUCAGGAGAAGAACGAGAAGCUGUGCAAGGAGCUGGACGAGGUCAAGAGCCGCAAGCAGGAUGAGGAGCGAGGCAGAGUGUAUAACUACAUGAAUGCGGUGGAGAGGGACCUGGCUGCCCUCAGACAGGGGAUGGGUCUCAGCCGGCGAUCCUCCACCUCCUCAGAGCCCUCGCCCACCGUCAAAACACUCAUCAAGAGCUUUGACAGUGCCUCACAAGGUCCACCUUCCAAUGGAAGUGCCACUGUGACUCCAACAGCUUCAGCUGCCCCACUGCCACGCACCCCCCUCAGCCCCAGUCCCAUGAAGACGCCUCCAGCAGCUGCUGUUUCACCCAUACAGAGACACUCCAUAAGUGGCUCUAUGUCAGCAGCCAAGCCGCUCUCCUCCCUGAGUGACAAGAGGCCCAGCUACACAGACAUCACCAUGCCAGCUGAGCACCUUCUCAGGGGAACCUCGGCCAGCCGACCGCCAUCUGUCCUCCAGAGGGUCUCCAACAUGGAUUCCACCAAGGCAAUCUCAGUGUCCCGUCGGAGCAGUGAGGAGAUAAAGAGGGACAUGUCAGCUCCAGACUCCGCCUCAACCUCUCUGAUGGCUAUGAGUGCUGCUUCCUCGCCACUCUCCCUGUCCUCCUCUUCCCCCACCGCCUCCAUCACCCCCACAGCACGCAGCCGUCUAAGAGAGGAGAGGAAGGACCCGCUGUCGGCACUGGCCAGAGAGUACGGAGGCUCCAAGAGAAACGCUCUGCUGAAGUGGUGCCAGAAGAAGACUGAGGGUUAUCAGAACAUUGAUAUCACAAACUUCAGCAGCAGCUGGAAUGACGGCCUCGCCUUCUGCGCUGUGCUUCACACCUACCUGCCCGCACACAUCCCCUACCAGGAGCUCACCAGCCAGGAGAAGAGGAGAAACUUCACCUUAGCUUUCCAGGCUGCAGAGAGUGUUGGCAUCAAAUGCACUUUGGACAUAAAUGAGAUGGUGCACACAGAGAGGCCGGACUGGCAAAGUGUCAUGACUUACGUCACAGCCAUCUACAAGUACUUUGAGACCUGACUUCAGCCACCCUGCUCCUGCAGCACAAUCAGAGCUACGCCAGCCCUCCGGAGCUCUCAGCAACCUCUGUUAUACCUCACAGACCCCCUCCCCCUCUCCACAGCAACACCCAGUCACGCUGCACGCUGGUCAUCACUAUUCAGCACCACUAAAGGCAGACCGGAGCCUCACUGGACUCACACACAGCUACUACAUCCUUCCAGUGCAGCGGAGAAGGCGCUUUGUGUACGGAUGUAGUCUAAGGGCUUGUCUGUAUAUCUACUGACAACACUGGGAAGCCAUUAACAGUAACUGGUGAAAGCCUGGUGAACCAAGUAUGAACUGACCAGUGAUGAUCAUCCUUGCCUCCAGUUCCUGUCUGAAGGAGCAGCAUGAAGAAGAAACCAAGUCUCAGUAGUGCCUUCUACCUGGCUUUUUGGCAAAUAAUAUCCCCUCACAGUAACCCCAGUCACCAGAGUGUAAAAGGGGGGAUUCCUGCAAAUCUGACUUUUUUCUUUUGUUGGUGGAGAAUAUUUUGUCUACAGAACAGCAAACCAAACGCCAGUGAUGUUGGAAUUCCCCCCACAACCCUGAAAAUUCCCUUUUGAAAGGAAUUCAGACUGACACAGCCUUUUUGCACCAAGUCUUCCAGACGUUACAGCUCGAUCCAGAUGCCUCUCUUUAAACGGAUAAAGUGCCUGUGUGAGUUUCGAAGCCGGAGACCAAGAUAUGAGCUCUCUCUGUGGGCCAGUCCUCCGCAGAGGCAGCGUCUUUUCACUACAGAUUGUGAAGCCGAAGAUCUGAGGAGUUGUUGCCAAAUAUGUUCCAGAGCCUUUUGAUUGUUGAUUUCUGACUUAGUGGUCAUCAGGACAGAGCGAUACUGCAGACAGACACUGAGUGUUUGCUUCUUAAGCACAGAAAUAUGCUAUGUUCUACAACACCAUGACACAGUUAGUUACGCAGCACUAACACACUCUUCUGAGGGUUCUUCACGCAGAGAUUCAUGAAGGUGGACUAAUGUUCAGUUGAUGUGUGUGUGGAGUUGAACCCUAAUUUGAGUGUUUGUGUUUUUGUAGGCCUGCAUUUGCCAUCCUGCACUUCUUACAUUAGGCACAUAGAGCACACAGCAUCAUUUCAUCAUAACUAAAAUAUGAGUGAAUAGUGUUUAGUCUUUUAAUGAAAUGUGUUUUGAUUGUUAAAGUUCUGCAUAGAUCAGAGAGCCUUAAACUUUUUUUUUUUUAAGCCCGAAGGUCUGAGUAGAAAAAAAUAGUCUCUCACCAUGGACCUCAUGCUGGGAAAAAGUGCUUUAGUGUUUUGAAACUAGCAGAGACAGAUUCGUAGGUAAGGACUCUCUUUUUAAGGUCGAUACAGCACCUCAUUAAAGAACUUAUUGGGAAAGACACUUAUUCACUUUAUUGCAGAGAGAUGAUAAAAUUAAUACCACUCUCGUGCCUUUACACUAAAUAUGAAGCUACAGCCAGGAGCCGAUUGGCUUAGCUCAGCAUAAAGACUGGAAACAAGAGGAAACGGCUAGCCUGGCUCUGUCCAAUAUUAACAAAAUCCACCCAUAUUUGCACCUCUAAAGCUCGCAAAUUGACGUGUUAUUUCUUGAAUGUCUCUUUUGUCCCAGAGUAAUACAUCUAUCAAAGAAGGAGCUUUGCACUUUGGUGUUUGUACAAAUGAAACAAAACACAUUAUGUUAGUGAACUUUGAGGUGCCACUAGGUAGAUUAUCUUUGGACAGAGCUCUUUUUUUGUCUUAUAGGGCUGUGUCCACUGAAUAUUUUUUCCUGAGGCCAUCAUAUUUUAAUAUUUUAAAAAUUCUUUGCAAUGGUAGCACUGUGUAUUUAAGCUACACUACAAACGCCAGCAGUGUGACAGGACUCCGAGCGUCUAUUCUGCACUAAAUGCUGCACAUUCGGAUUUUUUCUUCUUCUUAGUGUAGAGAGUUAAAAAAAAAAGUUAAUUUUGGGUAAAUUGCUGCACUUGUCACUGUAACUUUUGGAGGAGGAACAGGAAGAAAAUGACUCAGACCAACCAACACAUCCUUCAUGUACAAGUGCUGAACAACAGCAAAAAUGACAGAGAUAUUUGCUAAUAUACUGAUAUAUAUGAAUGUAUAUUUCCUUCAGUAAACCCACACAGACUGGCGGGUCCAUCUUCUCUCCCUACGCUUCAGCCUUCUCCUCAUCUAGGGCGAGUACUCUACCUUGUGGCAACAUUUUUACUUUGCGGAUAUUCCGAAUCAUAGCAACCAGACGCAACUAAAGUGUCUAAGCUGCUGCGACUCCAAUUUGCUCUCAUACGCUUUCAGCUGGCUGUUUCCGGAGGAGCGCCAGCUGUUUUCAGCUGGGAAAAAAAUUAAAACACAUUGGUGGACACGGAUCAUAAAUGCUGAGCAAAUCAGUUGCUGGCUCUAGCUUCAUAUUCAGCAUCCAGAGAUGAGAGUGGUAUGAAACAAAGUGUGUUUCCCAAAAUAUCAUACUACACCUUUAACAUCAGCAAAUGUUGCAAAACUCUUGUUUAAACACAAAAUACUCAGAAGCAAUCAGACAAGUCAUUGUACCACUGACUUCUUGCGUGUGUUAAUACUGAUGUUGUGUCAGACAGGUAGAUUUUGAAAUUCCUAGUAUGACUAACUGUUAUUAUAGAUACUUUGUAGCACACAAUGUCAUUUAAUUUCAAGUCAGCAGCAUUCAUGUUUUGCUUAACACUUUAAAUAGUCCUCCUAUUUAGUAUUUAUAAACAGUGUCCAAACUUUUCUAGAAAUGAUUUAUAGUGCACCAUAAUGUAGUUGUAAGCACCUUUUAAGGACAUUUUUUUGAAACAAUGCACAGUAUUUUUCAGCAAUUAUGACUUCAACUAUCAACACCUAUGUUAUGAUUACAGCUGUAUUCAUUAUAUUUUCAUUCAAUAUCGCUUAUAGUUGUAAAAAAGGUUAUGUUUGUGAAAGAAAAUGCACUAUUAACCACUUAAAUCUGCUUACAGCUACAUUAUAGUGCAUUAUAAACAAUGAAACGUUUCUAUACUGCUUAGAAAUGCUAAAUAUUGGGACUUCCGGUGUUAGCAUGCAGAGCUGACCGCUGUGUGUUUAUCGUGCCUCAGCUUCACUGUAUUUAUUUGCAUGGUUUCCGAUCAUCACGGUGAGGUUGUUGCUUUAUCUGUGUGUCUGAAGUGUAUAUGGAUUUAUUACACAUACAGUUAAGUAGCUGCACUGAGAUAAGCUUUUUUUUUUGAAAUUCCGCACUUAUUUGCUGCCUUAAAAGUUCAGCUGAGGCUCCUGCGAGUGAAACUGUGACAUUUCAGACUGCGGUUACCUUUGCUCACCAGACGUGUGUCGCAGUGUGGAAAUAGUUUCUAAAACAAGGUCCGCCUUGUUCGUGCCUCCUGAGGAACACUAGUAAUGAGCGAUGGCCAUAAAGCAUGUCUAGUGAAGGUGACUACACACUGUUUUGAUUCGGACCAGACGAAAGCUGCCAGCUGGUAUCAAUAGCAACAUCAAAAAUAUUUUUUCGUCUCGAUUUAGAAGCACAUCCUGCCGUGCUGUUUGCCAAGCCACAUCACCACAAUGUGCACAGCUGCAUUAGAUGGUCAGAUUUAAAGUUGGCACAAGAGCCUGCUACAAUGACAGCUUCUUUUUUGUGUGUGGGAGAGAGGGUGCGAGUGAGUUAUUUAAUGACAUUUGAAAGCGUCGGCGCUCUGUUGAUAGGGGUUUGUGAUGCCAUGAUGCUGAGGAUCAUCAGCCAGCAGUUUUAUCGUGUUCUGCUCGGUUCCACCGCCGGCCCACGUGUUUUAUUGCUCCCGACAGGAACGUCUGAGAGCUACAGAAAGAUCUGAAGCCUCUCCAUCCUGGAAGUGGAAUGUGUUUUUGAUCACGCUUUGGUGAUCCUGGGACUUUACGAGGUCCAGCGUGUGCUGAUGUGGAGUGAUUGAUGAACACGGGAGGAGAGCAGACCGCUGGCAAAAGCUAGGAAGCACAUUCCUCCUCCACAUGAUGCAGCCGUGAAGGACAUGUUAACACUGUUUGGGACCUGAGAUGAUGCCCUUUAGUGUGUAGCUUUACCACAGCGAGCAAAGCAAAUGUGAACAGUGCAUUAUGUCUUUUUUGGGUCCACUUCAUCACACUAUUUUUCUUUGUUUACUUGAAAAUGCUCUGAGAAUUCCACUGAACCUGCUUCUUUUUGUUUCCAUGUUGCCUUUUUUUAUUUUUACGAAUCCAUGCCACAUUUUUGUUUUGGUGUGGAAUAUUUUAUUUUUCAUCACACUACAUGCAGUGCUGAAGUGGUCCCUCAGUAAAGUUAAAGCUGAAUGAGUAGAAGUUUGUGUGUGUGUUUGUGUUUGUGUGUGUGUGUGUGUGUGUGUAAAGGGACUAAGCUACAGUAUUAAGUGCACACCAUAAUGAUAAUCAGUUGUAAAGAAAAUGCUGUCUGGUUUUAUGUUGCUUUAUUUUUUUCUGGCAGUAAAAUAAAUAAAUAGUUAUAAAAGAC